AAGAGGCCCCUCAACUGAGGAAAAUGGCCGACGUUGAGGUGGACAUCGCGUCCACAAUAAUGAAUAAUGGCAACGAACACGUAAAGCAAGAUCUGGAGAUCCAGGAAAAAAGUGGAAAUGAGGACAGCGGAGAUGUGUCUGAAGAAGAAGGAGAAGAGGAGGAAGAGGAGGAGGCAGAGACUAAUGGUGAGAAGACUGAAGAGGUGUCCAAACAUCACAGCAGCAGCAGCGGUAAACACAAGCGGAAAAAACACAAGCAUCGCAGCAAGCACAAAAAACACAAGCAUGUCUCUGAUGAGGACAAGGACCGUAAACGCAAGCAUCGUCACAAACACAGGAAACACAAGCGCAAAGAGGGCUCGUCUCCCUCUGCUGCUGCUGCUGCUGCUGUUGCCGCCGCCGCCGCCCUGUUUGCCUCCGGCCACAAAAAAAUGGAAUCCUCUCCCUCCUCUGGAAAUCCAAGUCUGGAUGACAGGGCCUUGCUGGAGGACUUGGAAAAACAGAGGGCCAUGAUCAAAGCUGAGCUGGACAGCCAGUUGAUGGAGGGAAAGGUCCAGUCAGGCAUGGGUCUGAUCCUUCAGGGUUAUAACUCUGGAUCCGAAGAGGAUGGAGAAGGCAGGAUGAGAAAUGGAGAACAGCGUCAAAGGGGCAGCUCAGGAAAAACUACAUCUCCCAGAGGGGCAAAAGGUGGGAAGUCUAGACGGGACUCAACAGAGGGUAGUAAGUCUGCCUCCAAGCGCCGUAGUAGGAGUAAGUCUGCUGACAGGCUAGGGCAGGUCAAGGAGCCAAAGCAGGAAAAGGUGACCAAAACCCCCAAGGACACAACUGGUAAAGACAGAGGCCGUGGCAGAAGCAGGUCAAAAGACAGAAAGCCUUCGGACAGCACUGAUAGGUCCAAGGACAGAACAACGAAGUCCAACUCAGGCAGCCACACUGAUAAACGUUCCUCUCCACCGCGGGACGAGAGACCAAACCAGGAGAGAGCAAGAGGGCGGUCCAGAUCACGAGAACGACCGGGUCGCUCAGACGCCGACAAGGACAAACGGCCCGCUAAGUCCCCAUCCAAGGACGCGUCCUCUGGGAAAGAAAACCGCUCCCCUCACAGACGAGGGCCCCACAGCCCUAUGAAGAAACGCAGUGCUUCCCCUCGCCACAGAGAGGCCCAGAAUCCCGCAGCUACUGCCACUGACAGGGCAUCCAAACAGAGCCAGUCUCCUAUCAGAGCAAGGUCCCCCCCUCGGAGACCCCGCAGCCGCUCGCCAGACCCAAGGAGGAGGGAAGCUGACAGACAAGACUCACCGAUGAGGAAGCGCCCCCGGCCAGAUGCUGGGCCAGGCAGAGAUCGCUCACGAGAGAACAGCCCCAGAGGAGUCGCUCGGCGCAGGAUGAGUCGCUCACCUCUAAGAAGGAGGUCCAUGUCACCUCGACGACGCUCCCGCUCCUCCCCUCGCAGACGGAGCAGGUCUCCACUGGCACACAGGCCAGGGGACAGGGACCGGUAUGGAAGACCCAGACAGUACCGACGCUCAAUGUCCCGCGACCGGGACAGGAGACGAAGACGCACCAGAGACGAAGACAAGUUCAAGGGCAGCCUGUCGGAGGGCAUGAAGGUCGACCAGGAGUCCUCAGAGGGAGAAGCUUUAGAGGACUUUGAUGGAGAGGAGGUCGAUGAAGAAGCUCUCAUUGAACAGCGUCGCCAGCAGCGCUUGGCCAUCGUCCAGAAAUACAAGGCUGGGAAUGAGGACUCCAACAUGGCGUCGGAGCCCUGCAGCCCUCAGAGCAGCACGCGCAGCCGUUCCCCCUCCCCAGACGACAUCUUGGAGCGAGUAGCUGCAGACGUCAAGGAGUAUGAGCGGGAGAACCUGAACACCUUCGAGGCCAGCAUCAAAGCCAAGCACAACCUCAUCGCCCAGGAGAAAGACGGAGCAAACCCAAAGAAGCCUUCAGCGCCCGACAUGUUUACAGAGUCAGAUGACAUGUUUGCUGCUGACUUUGAUAGUGCCAGGAUGAGAGCAGCAGGUGUAGGAAAGGACUUCAAAGAGAACCCCAACCUCAGGGACAACUGGACCGAUGCUGAGGGUUACUACCGGGUGAAUAUUGGGGAGACACUUGACAAGCGGUACGAUGUUUACGGCUACACCGGCCAUGGAGUGUUCAGCAACGUGAUCAGAGCCAGGGACACUGCCAGGGCCGGCCAGGAGGUGGCAGUCAAGAUCAUCAGAAACAAUGAGCUCAUGCAGAAGACCGGGUUGAAGGAGUUAGAAUUCCUCAAGAAACUGAAUGAUGCGGAUCCUGAUGACAAGUUCCACUGCCUCCGCCUCUUCAGGCACUUCUACCACAAGCAGCAUCUUUGUCUGGUAUUUGAGCCUCUCAGUAUGAAUUUGCGAGAGGUGUUGAAAAAAUACGGUAAAGAUGUCGGGCUUCACAUCAAGGCCGUGCGCUCAUACAGCCAGCAGCUUUUCUUAGCCCUCAAGCUGCUCAAACGCUGCAACAUACUUCAUGCUGACAUCAAGCCAGACAAUAUCCUGGUGAAUGAGUCAAAGACCAUUUUGAAGCUCUGUGAUUUCGGUUCUGCAUCACAUGUCGCUGACAAUGACAUCACACCAUACCUGGUCAGCAGAUUCUACAGAGCUCCAGAAAUCAUCAUAGGAAAGCCGUACGACUAUGGGAUCGACAUGUGGUCUGUUGGCUGCACUUUACAUGAGCUUUACACUGGCAAAAUCCUCUUUCCUGGAUCCUCCAACAACCACAUGAUCAAACUAGCUAUGGACCUCAAAGGCAAGAUGCCCAACAAGAUGAUCCGUAAAGGCUUGUUCAAAGACCAGCACUUCGAUCAGAAUUUAAACUUCCUGUACAUUGAAGUAGACAAAGUGACAGAAAGGGAGAAGGUGACGGUGAUGAGCACCAUCAACCAGACCAAAGACCUGCUGGUUGACAUGAUAGGACACCAGCGACUGCCCGAGGAUCAGAGGAAGAAAGUGAUGCUCCUGAAGGACAUGCUGGAUAGCACCCUAAUGCUGGACCCAGCCAAACGCAUCAGCAUCAACCAGGCCCUGCAGCACCCCUUUAUCCAGGAGAAAAUCUGACACCUGAACGCCACACAGUCCCAGAGCAGACACAGAACCGACCACUAAUGCCCGCUCUGACAGAAACUCUGCAGCGAAGCAGCCAACCCACAGACCUUUAUUCAGAAUGUCAUGGCUUUCUGUUCUUCUUCAACUCUAUUUUGGUUAUGGAUACAUCAUUUUGUUUUAUUGUAAAUAGAUUAUUGAAAUGGUAGCCAUUCUUGAAGACAUUGAUUUUCGUGAUAUAUCUUUGUAAACUUUUCCCCUCAUACCCGGCAAUGCAGUUAUGGACUUUUCUUUUUAAUUUAACUGGCAUUGAUUGGAGUGACAGAUGUUUAAAAAAAAUAUAAUUCCUGUACAUACUGUAUGUCUAUUGCAUUAACAAUCUCAAGCAGCAGACACUUGAGUUUUGUCGUAGUUGCAGAUGACUAAAUACUUUGAUUCUUUUUAUAACAAUUCUCAUCGUGAGGCGAUGCAUGCUUUUGAAUGUGCACCCUUUGUGCUCUAGAUUUCUGUGGUGCAGGCCCGUAAAUGCUCUGUAUACAGCAUCAGUUUCCCAAUUGUGACAGCAACACCCCCCACCCCUAACCAAGUCUUUAGGCCUUGAGGUCUGAGCUGAAGGAAUAGAUGCAUAUUAUGUACUCCUUGAACAAGAGUUUUCUUUUUUUUGUCAAAGCAGCUAAUUGUUGUUUUUCUGUUGCUGGACAUUUCCAUGUUUUUUACCUUCCUCCCCUUCCAGCACUCUGGCUAGGCCCUGGCUCUUAAGGCUCUCACAUUCAAGUGCCUCCUGGAUGAGCCUAGUGUGUUAAAACACCCAACAUACGCUGGCAAAUUGAAGCCACACCUGUGACCCUCCUCUCCCACUGUAUAUAGUCCAUAGUUUCUGUCGGUUCAUGUGUGAUUGAUUUUUUUUUUUUUUCUUAAGUGGUAAUAAAAACAAUCUUGUGAUUUCAAUAAAGAAUAGUUGUGGGAACACUGCUGACGGAGCACCUUCAGUAUAAGACAACUUUUUAGUAAUAAAAUGUUUCCUAUUGUAUA